AUGAGAGAACAAGUGUCACGCCCAAGUGCAUCAGAGACCCCGAGCUUCCUGAAGAUUUUGAAAAUCAUGAAAGAUUUGGGAGCCGAGUAUUUUAGAGGAGGAUCAAACACGUUUGAAGCAUAUCAAUGGUUGCAAAACAUGGAGAAGAAUUUUGACACAACCCGAUGCCAAGAAGACUAUAAGAAAGACGUUGCAGUAUACUACCUGAAGGAUGACGCUAGUGAAUGGUGGACCAGCGUGAGGAGACACUACGGUCAAAGGAAUCCAACAUGGACAGAGUUUCGAAAGGAGUUUGAAGGAAAGUAUUUUCCAUCGGAGGCCAGAGACAAAUUGGAGAAUGAGUUUAUAAACAUGGAGCGAGGCCAGAAGAGCGUUCGAGAACUGGAGUCAAUCUUUACUCGACUGCGAAAGUAUGUGUACCGAGGACAAGAAGAUGAAGCAGUUAUGGCACACCACUUUUUACGUGCGCUACGACCAGACAUCGAGAAUAGGCUCAUGUCUGUAACUUACCAACGAGUUGAUGAGUUGGUUGAGAGAGCUGUGAACGUGGAGAUGAACAUAGAGAUGUAG